CCUAGGAAACAUCUCCUUUUUUGUGUUCUAAGAAUCAAGAAAUUUAUUCUAAUUUAAAAGAUGAAUAUUUCUAGAUUUCGUAGUUGUCAAUACGGCUACAUUUUGUUGAAGAAUGUGUUGAAAACCUCUGCUCCACAGAGGCAAAGCCAUGUUGUUUCAUAUCGGGUCCCACCGCCGCCCCAUUCAAAAGCAACUAAAGUUGGUGCUGUCGCGGUAGGUGGAGCAAUGUGGUGGUGGGUAAUCUGGCAUUUAUGGCAUGAACCGGAUCAUAUAACGGGUGAAUUUGACUACCCAAGCCCAUCGAAAUGGAGUAAUUCGGAACUAGGAAUACCGCGGGACAAUAACUGAAAUGUGCAUUAAAUAAUAAUAAUAAGUAAUAUGUAUUAUAUAAUUUAUUAAUAUAAUACUGAAUGAUGUCAAUGAAUGCACAGUUUAAACGGUAAAA